AUGGACAAAAAAUGUUCCAAAAAGGCUGGUACAAUUGAGGAACUACAUGCAGCGUGUUUAACACCUAUCAGUUAUUCUCGACAGCAGACUAAUGCAAAUACAGCAACAACAUUCCAGGAUAAUAAUGAGGAUGUUUUUCCGGAAUUUCCACAACAGAUGGAUGGCGAAUUACAAAGUGCAUCAGAUGAGACAAUGUCGGUUACAACAAACAUUUCGGAAGAAGAACAGCAAUUAAUGGUGUUAGAUACUGGUGAGGAUGACAUCUUUAUUGAUGAAAUUGUUGUUGGCGAAGAAGUCUUAGCUGAUGAAGCAAUACCGAAGCGGAACAAAAUCUGUAAAGAAUUUAAAAAGCAGGUGAAUGUUGUUUCUGCAAUACUGAACGACAUGAGUGUGGUGGUGUCAUCGCUUAAUAAUGCUUCACAGGGAGCUGGAUACAUUACGAAAAUUGCAGUUAAGCAGUAUCUCAAUGUGGAAUUGGACGAAAUUUAUGCUUCAAUAAAUAGUCAGGAAAGUUGCUAUCCUUCUGGGAGUAUUUCGACAAAUACUGAUAAAACUACCGUUAAGUUUCAAUUUCAUUCACUACCCAAUGGACAAGCUCCUUUAAUAAAAAUGCAAAUUGAGGGAUUUCGGGCAACACUUGAUGAUAUUGUUCUGAUGCAUCUUUCUGCUUUCAUAUAUGAUAAUCAAAAGGCCAGUGUUCCAUUGAAUUUGGAAAUUAAUUUGAUGGAUACACAAAUUACUGUCAGGGACCCAAAAGCAAAAUCAGUCCGAAUCAAAUUGAGCGGUUGCGUCAUCGAGCAAACAGAGGAAGAUGAUGCGACCACUUAG